AUGGCUUCUUGUGACAAUCUACACCAGUGGAGACGAGCUUUGGAAGCCCUCGAGACCCUGCAAUCUGCGGAUUUGAGACUCGACACGGACUCUGACGACUUUGCACCGUGUUGCGAUUUGGCUAUCAGCGCCUGUGCCAAGGGGUCGAACUGGCAAGGUGCACUGGAGAUGUUGACUAAAAUGAAGGGAUGCUCAAUGAGAACAGGGGAUGUCACGUACAGCGCAGCGAUUACUGCGUGUUCCAACACAGAAGAGUGGCGAGUCGCAAUGGCAUUGUGUGGAGAGUUGAUGAUGUGCCACUUGGAGCCAGGGAUUUGGUGCACAGCCUCCGCGCACGCGUGCGACAAGGUGGGUGCAUGGCUCCAGGCGCUGAGCAUUUUCGAAUGGGUCUCUGAUCGGACAGAGGUCGAUGGAGCCCUGGCUGGCUCCGUGCUCUCCUCCCUCUCCAGCUCAAAGGGAGCCUCAUGUGCGCUCGAGCUGCUUCGUUGCUUGGGGCGCCAGUGGCAGCCAGCGGUGCCAGAAGUGGAGGUAGAAGCUGGAUCGGCUGGAGUUCUUUGCCAUCGGCCUGGCAUUGUGGUGGUGAACAAAGCAUCAGGGGAAAGCACAGAGUCUCUCCUUCUGCGUUGCUCAAAGUCCUUCGGCAUCCAGCUUCGACUGGCAUCUAGGUUGGAUGCACCAACCUCAGGUGUCCUUCCACUUGCGUGUGGAGAAUCAGCUGGCAAGUAUCUACAGGCCCAGUUCGCUGGCCGUUUGGUGCGCAAGGACUACAUUUGCUUGUGUGCUGGCCCCUCUCUAGGCGAGAUGCAUUCCUCAGCGGUGAUCUCCCAGCCGCUUCUCACCACUGGCCAAGAUGGCAUCAACAGCCGCACGAUUGUCUCGAAGAUUGGCCGCCCAGCGAAGACGGCCUAUGUGGUUCAAGCGCGGUACUGGCACAGCGCUCCGCCUGUAGAGGAGCAGGAAUUGAUCCUUUUGAGGGUCCGACCUUUGACGGGGCGCACGCAUCAGAUCCGAGUUCACCUGGCAAGUAUUGGUCGCCCUAUCCUUGGGGACAUGGUCUAUGGCACCCCAGCCGUGGGGCACGCGUGCUUUCGGCUCUUUUUGCACUGCGCCAAGCUGCGGUUGUUCGAUUUCACUGGCUCCACGUUCACUGCGGAGGCUCCACUCCCGGCCGCACUGAGAGACUUUCUGGAAGCCUUGGAAGAAAAGGUGGGCGCUGCCAAGCAGCAGCUUGAGAUCCCACUGGACGUGGUGGCAGACAUCCCCGGAAAGGUUGAUUCCAGUGACUUUGUCGAUAUCAAGCUGGACGCUCGAAAUUUGAUUGAAGCCGACGUGAAGUCUGCCUUGACGGACCUGGACUGGUUUGGCAAGGUGAAUGCCCUGUACUGCGGCAAGGCAGCAGAGGCUGAAAUGGACGUGGCAGCCAAGACCAUGGGAGCAAUGAAGCCAGCAGCAGCACUCAGCUUUCUUCAUGGCGGGUUCUUCCCUAAUAUCGUUGAUUUGGAGACCACCCUAGCCUAUGAUUGCUGUAAGGGGAACCCGGGGAACUUCGCAAAGCAGCGACAUCCGAGGCAUGCUGGCUUGCUUGAGAGCUUGCAGAUUGCCGCACCUUUGGGACGUCUUUGGCACUUCGCUGCCCUUCAACCUGGGGCUUUGGUGGGGCUGCUGCGCCUCCGAGGUUUCUAUGAGGUCGCACCCAUGGGGCUGACGAAGUUGCUGGGCCGCGGAUGCCUAAGACAGGUGGAGAUGGUGGAGAUCGAGGAGCUGCUGGUGUCCCGAGGUGCUCUCGAGCUUGCCUUCCCUGCGGCAGCUCAGGGUAUCGGGUGCUCGGAAAGGGAGGCAGACUGGCUCGUGGCCUUCUGUAUCGGUUUGGCCAAGAACACCAGCCUUAAGAAGACUGUCGGUUUUGAAGCCCGGAAGUUUAGUGGCCGGGUGCUGGAGGACGGUGUCAGAGAGAUGCCACUCUCCAUUUGGGACUUGCCCAACCUCUUCGCCGCUCAUGACUUGGAGACAUUGGAACUGCAGGUGCAUUCUGGCGCGAAUGUGAAGCCUGAAGUGGUUAUUUUAGUCGGUUGUGGCGGGAAGAUGGCCUUGACAGUGCUGCUGUCCUUGGGCCUCACACGGCUUUGCUACCUACGUGUCGACAGCCCCACAGAUGCCAAGCUGAAGGAGGAGCUCACAAAGGCCUGCCGUCCGAACAUCGGCGGCAUUGACGAGGAGGUUGAUGCAGGGAAACCCGGAUUCGGUCCAAGAGGCCAUGUGUUCACAGAACCUCACAACUAUCAGGUGGCUGCAGUUCUGCAAGCCCAGGCGGCGCCAGAGUGGGGCCGAUUCUGUUGGGCCUUGGCGGCCCUUGGCACGGCCCGCACCGACUCUGAAAAGGGGAAGCAACUCAAGAACCUUGAGCAACUGCCUCCUGUCAAGGUGCGCUUUGGCCCAUUGACUGGCCGUCCUGGCCGCCGGGAGCACCACAAGUUUGGGGCAGCAGACCGGAAGGCUACGUACUACUACAGAUUUCACAAGCUAAUCGGAAAGGCCAACUGGCGGAAGUACAUUGAACGCUAUGUCGCUCCUCGAUCCAUCGAGAAUCGGCAGAGGUGGAUUCCAACACCUUGGCCCACCUACCAACAGGGGAAGCACGCCCGGUCCUGGAACUGGCGCUUGCCAAAGGGCUUGGCUGCCGCCACCACAGGGGAUGAUGUCCUGGAGGUGUGGAUCAAGUUCAGGCACAAACUUCCAAAAAAGACCUUCCACUACUUCAAGCUCUUGAAGAGGCUCACAGAGGUGGGAGGCUGCGAGCGGACGGACUGGCGCUUGCGCUUCGUGACGUCCAGGCUUCACAAAAUCCAUCGGAAGGUCUUGAACCUACCGCGCUUGGCAAAGUACUACGCGGAGCUAAACAUCAUCAACGAGCUGGAGCAUGUCUCUCGCUUCAUCAGAAAGAUGCUGCCGAGGUACAACCCUCAUCAGUUGGCUCUAACAGCUCAUGCCUUUGGCAUCGCCAAACUGCAGGACAAAGACAUGAUGGCAAAAAUCGCCAGGCUUAUUGCGCCACGGCUCAGUGAGAUCACGCCGAUGGAACUAGUGCGCCUGGCCCAGGCCUACGCCAGCACGGAAGUUUGUCACUAUACUCUCCUGGCGCAGUUGUCCGCUCAAGCCCAAGUGCGGGUUCAGCAGGCUAGCACCGGAGAGGUGAUUCCCGGUUCAUGUCCCAGCUUUUCGCAGUUGGUGGAGCUGGCCGAAGCCUUUGCUCAACUGAAGUUUCAGGACUAUUCUUUCUUUGAGAUGGUGUCCCUGCAGGCGGAAACCUUCUUGUUGCAUGGCUAUCCAGGACCCACGCCGCCAGCGCUCGCAGGGCUGUGCCAGGCGUGUGCUCGACUCAAGGUCCAUGAAAUUCGGCUCUUCGAGGUCAUUCUGGCUCAUGUGGAAGAUAACUGGUACGACUACCCUGCGUGGAGCCUCGCGGAGAUCGGUGCCGCGCUGGCGCCCAUCAUGCCUUCGGCUAGGUUCGAGAAUGUGUACCGACAGAUGCUCACGCAGAUUCGCCAUGAUCGUGAUACAUUGAACUUGAGGGGUCUCACAGCGGCCGCACGCUUCAUGGCCGAAGUGGAUCACAAAGGGCAGUUCCUUCCUGGCUUUGCUGAGGCUUUGGCACAACGGUUCAUGGCACUCAAGGAUGAGUCGAAGGAACGUUAUGACGUGGCGCGAGUGACGGAAAUCUUUGCGAAACGAUGUCCGGAAGACCAAGCCCUCUUCUCGACACUUUGUCGGCAUUUGCAUCGACACCUGGGCAUUUUCGAGCCAGUGGACUUCGUGCGCUUUACCCGUGGCUUGGCGGCGUCCGAGUACCGAGAUCAACGAGUGACGCAUGCCCUUCCCAAGUGGGCUCAGAAAAGACACCAGGAGUUCUCUCCACACGACUGGGAUUCCUUCGUAACCUCCUUGACAAAGUUAGGGGCAUCCGACGUGCGAGAGAGCCAACUCCGAGAGAUCGGGCCACCAGCUCCCAGCGAACCCGCGACCUUCAGCGGUGGGCAAAUGGCGAUGGCGAAAGCUCAGAUCACAUCGAAUGGAUAA